CGGGCGCGGGGGACAGCGCAGGGGCCGCCAGGCGGGGCCAGCUAGAGGCGACAGCUCUGUCGGCGAGUCCAGCUCCGCCAAGAACGAGCGGCGUUCCAGGGUCCUGGGCAGCCGCGCCCGGGCUGAGCGGUGGGCGCGGCGCGAGAACGAAUUUUUGUUUGCUGAAGACUUUGACCAAAGCUGCUCUCAACUGCUGGCCUCACCCGGAGAAAGGGGUGGCUUUAGAAAUCAGAGAAACAUUUAGGAGGUUCCCAUCUAGUGGACCUUCCGAAGAGCAAUGCUAAGAAGAACUUUGGUUUAAAGAACUAAACAGAAGAACAGAUUUUUUCAGAUAAGAAGGACUUCUCCAAAGUUAACUUACAAGUUCUGGAGAGAGACCACAUCUUCAAUUGUCUUAGUUCAUGACUUCCCAUCAUUGUGAGGAUUUAAUCAUGUCUUUUUAAUUCCUUGCAUGAGAAUUAUUUAAACUUCACCCACAAAUCUUUUGUGAAAGAAGAAAAGAAAAUUCAGUUUGUGGGUCUCAGCACGAGUUAAGCUAAUGCAGCUAAAAAUAAUGCCGAAAAAGAAGCAUUUAUCUGCAGGCAGAGUGCCCCUGAUUCUCUUCCUGUGCCAGAUGAUUAGUGCACUGGAAGUGCCUCUUGAUCCAAAACUUCUUGAAGAUUUGGUUCAACCUCCAACCAUCACUCAACAGUCUCCAAAAGAUUACAUUAUUGAUCCUCGGGAAAAUAUUGUAAUCCAGUGUGAGGCAAAGGGGAAACCUCCUCCAAGUUUCUCCUGGACCCGUAAUGGGACUCACUUUGACAUAGAUAAAGACCCUCUAGUCACCAUGAAUUCUGGCUCAGGAACCCUUAUAAUCAACAUCAUGAUGGAAGGGAAAGCAGAGACAUAUGAAGGAGUCUACCAGUGCACAGCAAGGAAUGAACGUGGGGCUGCAAUAUCUAAUAACAUUGUCAUCCGUCCAUCCAGGUCACCGUUGUGGACCAAAGAAAAACUUGAACCCAUAGUGCUUCAAAAUGGUCAGUCUUUAGUGCUUCCCUGCAGACCCCCAAUUGGAUUGCCACCACCUAUAAUAUUCUGGAUGGAUAAUUCCUUUCAAAGACUUCCACAAAGUGAGAGGGUUUCCCAAGGUCUAAAUGGAGACCUUUAUUUUUCCAAUGUCCUCCCAGAGGAUACCCGUGAAGACUAUAUCUGUUAUGCCAGAUUUAAUCACACUCAAACCAUACAGCAGAAGCAACCUAUUUCUGUGAAGGUGAUUUCAGUGGAUGAAUUGAAUGACACUAUAGCUGCUAAUUUGAGUGACACUGAGUUUUAUGGUGCAAAAUCAAGUAGAGAAAGGCCACCAACAUUUUUAGCUCCAGAAGGCAAUGCAAGUAACAAGGAGGAAUUAAGAGGAAAUGUCCUUUCACUAGAGUGCAUUGCAGAAGGAUUGCCUACUCCCCUUAUUUACUGGACAAAAGAAGAUGGAACACUACCUACCAACCGGACAUUUUAUCGGAACUUCAAGAAAACUCUGCAAAUCAUUCAUGUUUCAGAAGCAGACUCUGGAAAUUACCAGUGUAUAGCAAAAAAUGCAUUAGGAACCAUACAUCAUACCAUUUCUGUCACAGUUAAAGCGGCUCCAUACUGGAUCACGUCACCUAAAAAUCUUGUACUGUCCCCAGGAGAGGAUGGGACCUUGACCUGCAGAGCUAACGGCAACCCCAAACCCAAGAUUAGCUGGUUAACAAAUGGGGUCCCAAUAGAAAUUGCCCCUGAUGACCCCAGCAGAAAAAUAGAUGGUGAUACCAUUAUUUUUUCAAAUGUUCAAGAAAGAUCAAGUGCAGUGUAUCAGUGCAAUGCCUCCAAUGAAUAUGGAUAUUUACUGGCAAACGCCUUUGUAAAUGUGCUGGCUGAGCCACCACGAAUCCUCACAUCUGCAAACACACUGUAUCAGGUCAUUGCAAAUAGGCCUGCUUUACUAGAUUGUGCCUUCUUUGGGUCUCCUCUUCCUACCAUUGAGUGGUUUAAAGGAGCUAAAGGGAGUGCUCUUCAUGAAGAUAUGUAUGUUUUACAUGAAAAUGGAACUUUGGAAAUUCCUGUGGCCCAAAAAGACAGUACUGGAACUUAUACGUGCGUUGCAAGAAACAAGUUAGGGAUGACAAAGAAUGAAGUUCACUUGGAAAUUAAAGAACCAACAAGGAUCAUUAAACAUCCUGAAUAUGCAGUUGUGCAAAGAGGGGGCACGGUGUCCUUUGAAUGCAAAGUGAAACAUGAUCACACCUUAAUCCCCACUGUCUUGUGGCUGAAAGACAACAGUGAGCUGCCCAAUGACGGAAGGUUCACGAUUGACAGGGACUAUUUGGUGGUAGAUGACGUAAGUGAUGAAGAUGGUGGGACCUACACAUGUGUGGCCAACACAACUCUGGACAGCGUUUCUGCCAGUGCUGUGCUCAGCGUUGUUGCUCCUACUCCAACUCCAGCUCCCAUUUACGAUGUCCCAAGUCGUCCCUUUGAUUUAGAGUUGACAGAUCAUCUCGACAAAAGUGUUCAGCUGUCAUGGACACCAGGCGAUGACAACAAUAGCCCUAUUACAAAAUUCAUCAUUGAAUAUGAAGAUGCAAUGCAUGAUGUAGGGCUGUGGCACCACCAAACUGAAGUUUCGGGAACCCAGACCACAGCCCAGCUGAAACUGUCUCCUUACGUGAACUAUUCCUUUCGAGUGGUGGCAGAGAACAGCAUCGGUAGGAGCUUGCCCAGUGAGGCAUCUGAACAGUAUUUGACUAAAGCAGCAGAACCAGAAAAAAAUCCCACCGCUGUGGAAGGACUCGGAUCAGAGCCUGAUAAUUUGGUGAUUACAUGGAAGCCCUUGAAUGGUUUCGAAUGUAAUGGGCCAGGUCUUCAGUACAAAGUUAGCUGGCGCCAGAAGGAUGGUGAUGAUGAAUGGACAUCUGUGGUCGUGGCAAAUGUAUCCAAAUAUAUUGUCUCAGGCACACCGACUUUUGUACCUUACCUGAUAAAAGUACAGGCCUUGAAUGACAUGGGGUUUGCUCCAGAGCCAGCUGUAGUCAUGGGACAUUCCGGCGAAGACCUCCCGAUGGUGGCUCCUGGGAAUGUGCGUGUCAGUGUGGUGAACAGCACCUUAGCCGAGGUGCACUGGGACCCAGUGCCUCUGAAGAGUAUCCGAGGACACCUGCAAGGCUAUCGGAUUUACUACUGGAAGGCACAGAGUUCAUCUAAAAGAAACAGACGGCACAUUGAGAAAAAGAUCCUCACCUUCCAAGGCAGCAAGACUCAUGGCAUGUUGCCAGGGCUGGAGCCUUUUAGCCACUAUGCAGUGAACGUCCGAGUGGUCAAUGGAAAAGGGGAGGGUCCAGCCAGCCCGGACAGAGUCUUUAAUACUCCAGAAGGAGUCCCUAGUGCUCCAUCCUCUUUGAAGAUUGUUAAUCCAACACUUGACUCUCUCACUUUGGAAUGGGAUCUACCGAGCCACCCAAAUGGCAUUUUGACUGAGUACACCUUAAAAUAUCAGCCAAUUAACAGCACACAUGAAUUAGGACCUCUGGUAGAAUUGAAAAUUCCUGCCAACAAGACACGUUGGACUUUAAAAAAUUUAAAUUUCAGCACUCGAUAUAAAUUUUAUUUCUAUGCAAAAACAUCAGCAGGAUCUGGAAGUCAAAUAACAGAGGAAGCUGUAACAACUGUGGAUGAAGCUGGUAUUCUUCCACCUGAUGUAGGUGCAGGCAAAGCAAUGGCAAGCCGACAGGUGGACAUUGCAACUCAGGGCUGGUUCAUUGGUCUAAUGUGUGCUGUCGCUCUCCUUAUCUUAAUUUUGCUGAUUGUUUGCUUCAUCAGAAGAAACAAAGGUGGUAAAUAUCCAGUAAAAGAAAAGGAGGAUGCUCAUGCUGAUCCUGAAAUCCAGCCUAUGAAGGAAGAUGAUGGAACCUUUGGAGAAUACAGGUCUCUUGAAAGUGAUGCAGAAGACCAUAAGCCUUUAAAAAAAGGAAGUCGAACACCUUCAGACAGGACUGUGAAAAAAGAAGACAGUGAUGAUAGCCUGGUUGACUAUGGAGAGGGUGUGAACGGCCAGUUCAAUGAGGAUGGCUCCUUUAUUGGACAAUACAGUGGUAAGAAAGAGAAAGAACCGGCCGAAGGAAAUGAAAGCUCAGAAGCACCUUCUCCCGUCAACGCCAUGAAUUCCUUUGUUUAAUUUUUAAGCUCGUUGCCAAUUUCCCAUUUCUCCAGAACGUUUAUCUUAAAAACUUGUUUGUCAGCCCUCUCAUACUAUGAACAUAUAGGCAGAAAGCAUAUUAUUCUCUGCUUUGUGUUAAUAUUAUGAGAACAGUUAGAGCAAGAACAUAACCCAGUCAACUGAUAUGUUAAUGUGAACUAGAGUGCAAAGUGCAUAUGUUUUUGUUCAAUAAUGGGUGUUCUUGAUUUCCUCAGACCUGAUAAAAUUAUACAUCAUCAUCAAGACAUCAUGCUGUUUCCUUUUAAGGAUACAGUUCAAUAUAAUGCAUGAAAAAUGCUACACACUUAAAGGACAUACCUGUGUAUGUUAUCAAAACAUGGUUUGAUACUUUGUUUAUACUGUCCUCAGCUGACCCCUAAAUAUGAAUUCCGUUUUCAUUGUCAAGAGUGUUAUUGUAGUAUUCUCUAGAACUUCAAUGUCUUUGUGGACAUUGUUGUGAAAUUGGUGACUCUGUCUAGCCGUUGUUAGUCUUUUUGGGAGACUGUUAGGAACAGUACGUACAGUAUAUACUUGCUAAAUGAGUUAAUUAUGACAGUUGCACUUGCUGAUGCUUACUGAGACUCUGUUACCUGCUCUUUGCUCCUGUUACUUCACAGCCUUCUUAAUCUUCCAGGUAUUACAGCAGUACAGUGUUCUACUUUUUACAUCAUCUCUUCGUUCGAUUGUUUUUAGGCAUAAACAAUGUGGAUUGCAAUGCAUUUUGGCAAUUGUGCCAUACUGAAAGAAUUGAGAACAAAAACAUUAAAAUUGAAUUUCAAAAAUUAUUCCAAAAAAACACAGGGCAAGAUACAUGCAGUGCUUUCAGAUAAAAAGUAUUCCAUAAUAUACCGCAUUCUGUAUCAGCUGGUACAGUCAGCUCUGAGUCCUAGAAUACUGUCAUUGUCUAAAAGUAACUUUUAAAAAGCAGAGAUAAUGAAAACCACAAUGCUGAGACAAGGAAAUGUGGAAGCAAUAAGAAGAAGAAGACAAAUUUAUUUUAAGAAGGAUUACCCCCAAAAUUAUAAGAAGAAAAGCUUUUAUCAACAACUGGAGCACAUGACAAUUUUGUGGUCUUUUAUGGCUUCUAUUUAAACAAGUCAAAUUUGGUAAGAAAGAUGUCAAUUUGAUAGUAAAAAAAAAAAAAAAAAAUGCGAAUUAUUCCAAAAGUAAAAGCAUACAACAACAU